CGCAGCGAGACGCACACACAAACACACACGCUCGACUGAGCUGAGCUUAAGGACAACAGAGUCAAUAUUUGACCAGACCCAGCGGACUGUACGGGGAACAGAAGACAGAAGGGGAAAAAAGUUUGUCCUUUGAACUUGGACACGAGGACUUGGAGGAGAAGUUUUCUUUCCUUUUCCACAGGUGGAUUCAAACUUUCCCUCCGACUCUUUGAGUGAAGCGAAGCAACAAGGAUUUUUUUUUUCUCUUAUUUAUUGUCGGACUUUUGGACUCGGACUGGGCGAGAGCGCAAUAAGAGCUGCCCACAUCAGUCUACGAUGCAGCUCAGGAAGGAGAUGGGGAGAUGGACGCCGCGCCUGUCAGCAGAGCUCGGGCUGCUCGCCGUCUUGUUGACCUGCUGUUGUGCCCAAGAGAACCCCUGCUUCGCCGUCAGGGCCGGGACCUGUUCAGAAUGCCUGCAGGCCUGGAAAGACUGUGCUUAUUGCCCUGAGGAGAGCUUUAAGGGCCCUCGCUGUGACCUGUACGAGAACAUAAUCGCCCACGGCUGCAGUGCUGCGGCUGCACUCACAGCUAAAAGCAGUAUGAUGAUAGAAAGAAAGCAACCUAUCAACAUGAGGCUCAAGCAGUCCCAAGUGUCUCCGCAGCAGGUCAGCAUGAGCCUCCUGCCAGGAGAGGAGAAGGAGGUGGAUGUGGAAGUGUUCGCCCCAACCAAAGGCCCCCUGGACCUUUAUAUCCUUAUGGACUUCUCCAACUCCAUGGUUGACGAUUUGAACAACCUGAAGAGGAUGGGCACACAGCUGGCUUCUUUGGUGAAGGAUCUGUCGGACGACUACACCAUCGGGUUUGGAAAGUUCGUGGACAAAGUGGUCGAGCCCCAGACAGACAUGAGACCCUCCAAACUGAAGGAGCCGUGGCCCAACAGCGACCCGCCGUUCUCUUUCCAGAACGUCAUCAAGUUGACCAGCGACGCGGCGUUCUUCGACAGUGAGCUCCAGAAGGAGAAGAUAUCUGGCAACCUGGACGCUCCUGAAGGAGGCUUUGAUGCCAUAUUGCAAGCUGCCGUUUGUGGGGAUAAGAUCGGCUGGCGUGACAACAGCACGCAUCUCCUGGUCUUCUCCACCGAGUCGUCCUUCCACUACGAGGGAGACGGUGUGAACGUGCUGUCGGGCAUCUUGGCGCGCAACGACGAGGGCUGCCACCUGGACGCAGCGGGCAAAUACACAAAGGAUACACAGCAGGAUUACCCUUCAAUACCCACGCUGGUCCGUCUGCUGGGCAAACACAACAUCAUUCCCAUCUUUGCCGUCACCGACCACUCCUACACGUAUUACGAGAAACUCCGAGAGUACUUCCCCAUCGCGGAAAUCGGUCGCCUGCAAGAAGACUCGUCCAACAUCCUGACACUCAUGCGGGUCGCCUUUGAGAGUAUCCGCAGGAAGAUGAGCAUCCGUGCAGAGGACAAACCAAAGGCUUUCGUGACAAACUUCUUGGACACCAGUGGAAGAGUUGUAGAGCACGGGGCCUUUGAUUUCAAGCCUGGCGCAAUAGGCAACUUCAAGAUGCGGCUCUCGGCCCAACAGAUGGUCGGCGGCAAACCUGUCUGUCAGCUGGAACCGCUUGGAAAAAAGGGGUCAAUCAGGGUCAAACCGACAACGUUCAACGCUGCCGCCAAUGUUGACGCUACAAUUCUGUGUCCGAGCUGCGAGUGUGAGAAGUCCGCCAUCCCUGCAGCAGCCAAGUGCCACGGACACGGAGACCUUGUGUGCGGGAGAUGUCAGUGCUAUGACGGCUGGCUGAGCACCUUCUGUAACUGCUCAGAAAGUUCUGCGGCUCAGGACACCAGCCGGUGUUUGGGUCCGGAUAUGAAAGACCCGUGUUCCGGCCGUGGGGACUGCCUGGAGUGCGGGACCUGUGUGUGCUACAAUCCGGAUCAGUUUGAAGGGGAAUACUGUCAGUACGACAAGACAGAUUGUCAAAGAUAUGGCGGCUUCCUCUGCAACGACCGCGGCUCUUGUAUCCGGGGUCGGUGUGCGUGCAAUGAGGGCUGGGCAGGCAACGCCUGCGAGUGUCCCAACAGCAACGCGACCUGUCUGGACAGCAAGGGCGGCGUCUGUAAUGGGCGAGGAGAAUGUGUCUGCGGACGCUGUAAGUGUCCCGAGUCCGACAUGAGUAUGACUUCCACGUGUGCCCCAAAUUUCGAGGCCCAGUUGGGUGUUUGCGAGGGCACGAGGUCUUGCGUCCAGUGUCAGGCCUGGAAAACAGGAGAGAAGAAAGACAAAACGCAAUGCGACAAAUGCCCCUUCAAAAUUGUCUUGGUGGAUGAACUCAAAGAAGAAAAGGACGUGGCGCAUUCAUGCAGUUUCCGUGACGAGGAGGAUGACUGUACGUACCGCUACAACGUUGAGGACUGGAAACCUGAUUCCAAAGUUAAAGAGCUGCAGUUCCAGGUGCUCAAAAAAAAAGAUUGUCCCCCUGCCAGCCUCCUGUGGUUGCUCCCACUCCUCUUGUUCCUCUUGUUGCUGCUGGCACUUCUGCUGCUGUGCUGCUGGAAAUACUGCGCUUGCUGCAAAACGUGCUUCCAGAGCUGUCUUGCCCUGCUGCCUUGCUGUAAAGGAGGUCGUAUGGUUGGCUUCAAGGAAGAUGAGUAUAUGUUCCGCCAGUCUCUGCUCACCUCAGACCAUCUGGACACGCCGAUGGUGAGGACCGGCCCACCCAAAGGAACCGAUGUGGUUCGCUGGAAGGUCACAGAUAACGUGCACCGAUCCCCCACUCACCCGCAGGUUCUGAUGAAGCCCAACCCGAAAGAGAUCAUCCCGUUCCCCAUCUCUCUGCGGCUAAACAGGCUGUUCUCUGAGAACCUUUCUCGACCCGACUCCAGAGAUGCCGAACAGCUCCGCAAGGAAGUUGCCGAUAACCUAAAUGAGGUUUACAAGCAGAUCCCCGGCGCCCAGAAGGUGCAGAAAACCUUAUUCAGAAAGCAGAAAAAUGCCGGAAAAAGGCAGGACUUUGCCAUCAUGGACACCGUCCUGUCUGCUCCUCGCAGCAGCUACCCUGACAUCGUCAAACUCACCCAGAAAAAUGUCCAGUCUGGAAACCUGCAUGAUCUCAAAGUGGUGCCCGGCUACUACACAGUGGCCACAGAUCGAGAGGCUGCAGGAGCCAUUGAGUUCCAAGAAGGCGUGGGGUCGGUAGACGUCCACGUGCCACUCUUUGUCAAAGAUGAAGACGAUGACAAGAAGCAGUUGCAAGUGGAGGCCACGGAUGUGCCUCUGGGCAUCGCUGAGAUUGGAAAACGUUUUGUCAACAUCACUAUCAUAAAAGAACAUGCCACCGGCGUCUUCUCGUUCCUCCAGCCGGCUUACACCUACAGCAGGGGGGACGGAGUGGCCCACAUCCCCAUCAGCAAAGAGAUCAUUGAAGAGGGAAGCUCACAGGUCACAUACCGCACACGGGACAUCACAGCUAAGGAUAAGAAGGACUACGUGGCUAUGGAAGGUGACCUGACCUUUGGUCCGGAAGAGACCCAGAAAAUAGUGCCUGUUCGUCUGCUGGAACUGAGCGAGAAAGAUGGCCUCCUGGCAGACAAACAGGUCAGGCAGUUUGCCAUUGAUCUUAGCAACCCGCGGCAAGGCGCCAAGCUGGGACGCUACCCAAGAACUACGGUCACCAUCGCAGACGAGCCAGAUCCCAGUGUGAUGAUGUUCAAAAAGGGCUCCCAGAACUUCAGCACAACAGAUCCAACCUACACCAUCCCUGUGGUCCGCACACGCAACCAGGACAUCCCGGCCACAGUGAAAUGGCGCACCAAGAAGGCCCAGCGCUUUGAAUUAUCGGACCUUCUGAAGUUUAGUCCUGGAGAGACGGAGAAGAACAUAGUGAUCGACCCGAGGGCUCACCCUGGCCCAAUCCAACCUGAGACCAUCCAACUGGAGCUGUUUGACCCGAGUGUCAACGCUACUGUUGGAGAGAGGAAGACCACCCUUGUCAAUGUCGCUGACGGACCACAUUACAAACCUUUAGAGAUGGAGCAGGUGCAGAAUAAGAGCGCCGUAAAAGGCGGUCGCCUUUUCUCCCCAACUAACCUUAAGGCCAAAGCAACUGGACCCAGAAACAUCCGCCUCAACUGGGACGCAGGGUCUGGGAACCCCGCGGGGUACAAGGUAAAGUAUUGGAUCUACGGCGACCCAGAGAAAGACGCCCAGGUCUUAGAUGUGAAGUCUCCCCAAGCUGAGUUGACUGACCUGUACCCCUAUUGUGACUACGAGAUGAGAGUGUGCAGCUACAAUGCAUUGGGUGAUGGAAGCGAUACAGACAUUGUUACCUGCCAGACACUUGAGGAUGCGCCUGGUGAACCCGGACGUCUGGCCUUUAAUGUCAUCAGUCCGACUGUGACUCAGGUCAGCUGGGGAGAGCCUGCAGAGACCAACGGCAACAUCACGGCUUACGAGGUCAUCUACACACCCAUCGAUGACGACCUGAAGGCAGUGGGCGCUGCUAAGAAAGUAAAGAUCGACAACCCCAAGAAGCGAAUGCUGUUGAUCGAGAACCUCCAGAGAGCCCAGACCUACCAGUACAAGGUCCGUGCCAUGAACAGCAUAGGCUGGGGCCCCUUCAAAGAUGCCAGCAUCAACCUGGCAUCACAGCCUACUAGACCUAUGUCCAUUCCCAUCAUUCCCGAUGUCCCUAUUGUGGAUGCAGAGGCAGGAGACGAGUACGACGGCUACCUGAUGUACAGCAAUGAAGUGCUGAGGACCCCCACAGGCUCUAAGACACCGAGCGUCUCUGGUGAUGGCUGGAAAUUUGUCAAGAUGGUGGGGUCCAACCUGGAUCUCCGCAAGGUGUCCUGGAAAAAGCGAGUGGACGUCAUCCCCAGUCGGCUCAGCACAGACACAGAGACGAGCUCAGAUGAGGUCCCCCACCCCAGCUACGCCCAAACGCCCCUGCCAGAUUACACAAGUAAUGGGAAAUGGGACCAGAACUUCCUUUUCCCAGGGGGAUCAGCGACACGCAACUUGUCUUCAUCGUCCUCUCCGAUGUCCACUGUGGGCUCAAACUACAGAGGGGCAGGCGGCUCCUUCACCGAAACAAACACCACAUACAUGUCAGCAGGAGGCUCUCAGAGAACUGACAUGAUCCGAGGAGGCAUGCACUCAUCGGAGGUCAUCAUGAGGAAGCGCUCAGAGAACAGGAGCUACAUGGAUGAAAACAUCCGGGACUCUAUUGUGAUGGGAGACGUGUCGGGCAAUUUCCCAGAUCUAAGUGGGUUCGGCUACGCUGGGACGCAGAGCAGCUAGAGCCAGUUCAGCUACAGCCUGUUUGGGGGCCCGAGGGAGACCGAGUCUACGGACGUCAAUGACGCCCUGUACAAUCUGGACAGGGUGCUCUAUGAUGCUCGACUGUCUCCGGGUAUUCCGGACACCCCCAGCAGACUGGUGUUCUCUGCCCUCGGCCCCACUGCCCUCAAAGUCAGCUGGCAGGAGCCGCGCUGCGACAGAGACCUGCAAGGCUACUGCGUUCUCUACCAGCUGCUCAACGGAGGCAAGAUGAACACUGUCAAUGUGACGAACCCAGCAGAGAACUCCGUUAUCAUCCAGGACCUGCUGCCCAACCAGUCCUACCUAUUUAAGGUGAAGGCUAAGAGCCAGGAGGGCUGGGGUCCAGAGAGGGAGGGGGUCAUCACCAUCGAGUCCGCUGUCGACCCCAAGAGUCCCCUCAGCCCGAUGCCAGGCUCGCCAUUUACUCUCAGCACUCCCAGUGCUCCGGGACCCCUGGUCUUCACUGCGCUGAGCCCCGACUCCCUGCAGCUCAGCUGGGAGAAACCCCGUAAACCCAACGGAGACAUCCUGGGAUACGUAGUCACCUGCGAACAGCUGCAUGGCGGAGGAGACGUACGGUCCUUUGAGGUGAACGGGGACACCGCUGAAACCAGUCUUACCGUCCCAAACCUGACUGAGAACAUCCCCUACAAGUUCAAAGUUCAGGCUCGAACCACGCAGGGCUUCGGUCCUGAGAGGGAGGGCAUCAUCACCAUUGAGUCUCAGGAUGGAAGCUCCUUGUCUCAGUACAACAGCCAAUCAAUGUCGAGCAGGGAAGUUUUCCAAAUGCCAACGGAGGUCAGUACGCGGAUGAACAUCUCCCACACCAUGAUGGACCCUUACUUCUCAGAUGGGGCGAUGAUGACCACGCAGCACAUGGAGACCAGCGGCAUGGUGACUCGCCAAGUCACCAAGGAGGUAGUUCAGCGGAGCGUCAUGGGAGGAACCACGGUCACUAAGAAGAUGUUUUACGAAUCGUAAGGUCUUAAUUAACGGCGCGCGCAACUAACCAGCCGAAGGAUCCACCAGACUGAGAUUCUCUUUUAAAAAGAGUCGGCUUCAGGUUGCACGUGCGUGAACCGGUGUGUGUUUCUACAUGUGUGAGGCUAGAUGGUGAGGCUAGACGUUCGCUUGUUUGUUACAGACCACGGCCAGCUUCCUCCAUAGAUGAGGAUCAUUUUAACAUUUAUGUUCAUUUUCACUGCCGGUUCCUACGCAUAUCGUUUAUUCUUUUCACACUCAACUUGCUUUGCUCAGGUGACACUUUUUCAUAAGGACAUUUGGUUGGGGGCCCAUUAAUUAACACGUUUUAUUUUUUUUCUGUUUUUCUAUUUUGAUGCUUUCUUCUAGUGAUGGCACUAGUUUUUUGUUACAAGUACAACAAAAUACCCCACCGUUAAUGGAUUUGAAUGGUGGUCCGUACCGCGAGGGCAGUAAGUUCUGCUGUAAAUUCUGCUGCAGUACUGCUGACUAAGCAGAUUACAUUUUAGACUCCGCCCCUCUGUCGGUCCAGGUUCUGUGACACGCCACAGCUUUAAAUCAUGGCCAUUAAUCUGACUGUGGUUCAGUAAUCCAGAGUAACCUCCCCUAGUCCCCUAGUGUCCUUGUCUCCUCUGUCCUACACCCGUCUGCAAGAGAUGUUUGUCUGCAUGCGAGCGGUUUACACUGUUUCAGGUGAAACCCACCCGGUUUCAGCUUCACCGUCUGCUGGAGAUGAUGAAAUGAUUGUCUUGAAAUUAUGUUUCAUAGGGUCCAUUGUAUUUUCAACGGAUAGGUUCUAUCCACCAAGAGAAAAUGUAAAAGUGGAUAGAUUUGUAUUAUAUUAAAGUGUGAUUUUAAAUAAUAAAUAAGAGUGUUUAAGCCGACUGACGCUAAAUGUAAUGCCAAAUAUAGACGUAUUUGCUCGAAAACAGGUGGGUGCUUGUCUCGCUCAUUAAAAGCACAUUGGGUUAAUUUUCUUACUGACUGGAACAAUUUUACAGUACAAACAAUCAGAUGUAACAUGUUUCUCGUGUCUUUUUGCAUUUGGUAAGAUAUUUUAUACUUUAUGUGGUAUACACUGCUUCAAGUUGGUACAUUUCAUAUGCUUCUUUACUCUGCAAAGGUCAUUGCAUUUUGCAUUUUUGAUCUGAACGAGAAAAGGCAGAAAGAUUGUUUUUGCCGUGUUUUGUAUUUGCCGUAUUUUUAUUACACGUUUUGUUGAGAAUGCUUUUGUGAAACAUUGAGAGGAUAUAUUUGCUGGGAAAAAAAACGUGAUUAGUAGAACCUUUCUCCAAAAAGUAUUUAUGUUCUUUUAAACAGCAUGACCUCUAAGUAUCCUUUUUUGUGUCAGCACUAUUGCAGAAUAAAGAUUGGAAAUAAA